AUGGAACAUGGAGUGAAAAAAACAUUCAACUUUAAAUAUGAUCGCUAUGGAAUUGAUAUUAAUCAUCAGCUAACAAUACCAUUGGCAUCUUGUGUUACUGUAUCAGAAUUGGCUUAUUACAUUUUCUAUAAAUAUGAUAUUCCACCCAAUUUAGAGGAUAUUUUAUUGAAACAAUUGCGACAAUGGGUGAAGGAAGAGGAAAAAUUUGAACUAAAUGGAUUCAUUGAAGCUCAAGAGAGAUACAUCAAAGAUGAAAAUAUUCAAGAACGAAGUGAACAUUUACUCAAUUUUGAUAAAUUACUAUUGAACAAAAGUAAAUCAUCAAAGGUGUUGAAUAAAUCAUCUUCGGAUGAGGAUUGCCAGUUUUACGAGAAAUAUCAUCGUCUAAUUCAUUCUGGAUUCUUAACUGAACCAAUAAUCUUCCUUGAUCAUUCCUAUCGAGUCGCCGUUCAGGAUUUGGUCUCUCGUAAAAUUGAUGAAUUAAGUUCUGUCUGUGAGGAACAAGCUGAUGAAACGGAUAAACUACUCAAGCAAAUGGAUCAAUUGGGAACUACAGAUGAGGAUGUUAAUCGACUCUCGUUACGAUAUUUCAAUAAGGUAGAAGCUCUAAAAACCCGAUGGGAUCAAACAAUUUAUGAUCUACAAUCAGCUCAAAAGAAAGAGUUUCAUGAUUGGAUUUGUAAAAUUUACGAAGAUUUUGUCAGUCAACAAGCUCGAGAAAAUUUGGUUGAUGAAAUAAAUGAACGAAAUAAAUCAUCUCUAAUCAAUGGCGAAUGGUCAGACAUCGAAGAGGUUGGAUUAGCAGAUAUGGAAGAAAGUUUCACAAUCAAUUUAAGUUCUCAACUAAAAUCUUCUCAUAAUUUACGAUUAAGGUCAAUGCCGAUUCUAGAUCUAUGUGAUUCAAGUUCCAGCUUAGUUUUAAAGCCGAAUCCAUUGCGAAUUCAAACUGCGAUGUCACUUUAUUCCAAUUCUCUCUCUGGGCUCAUUUUACUUGUCGAUAAUAGAAUCAAUUGUUACACUGGAAUCAAAAAAGAAUUUAGUGAAAAAUGUUUACAAUCAACGGAUUUUCAUUUUCCAAACAUAGAAGAACAAUUAAGCUCAAUUAAAUUGAAGGCCAGUAAAUUUGAUGCGAAUAAAAAAUCCAUCGAAAUGUCACCAAUCAAACCAGGAGAUUUUUAUAUGACUCGACAUUCAAAUUUAUCUCAAGUACAUGUUGUCUUUCAUUUGGUUAUUGAUGAAUCAAUUUAUUCUAAUGAUGUUAGUUCCCGGCAUUCAGUUAUAUUAGGACUUCGUAAUAUCUUAAAGGUUGCACAUUGGAAUGAUAUUAAUACCAUAUCAUUACCUCUUCUACUGAUUCAUGAACUUUCCGAUGAUAUAACAUUGAAUUGGUGCUUAAAACGAGCUGAACUAGUUCUCAAAUGUAUCAAAGGAUUUAUGAUUGAAAUGGCCUCUUUUUCACCGACCAGCUAUGAAAAUAAGACAAUUCAAUUUAUCGUUCCAAGGGGAGUAUCUGCUGAACUUUUCAAUAAUUUAGCCUCAAUGUUAUCAAGUAUUUUCCGAAUUUCAAAUCCACUGGUGCUAAAAUCUAAAGAUUCAAACAAUCAAAGCAACUCAACAAAAUGAACCCGCUCAAAUUCAAUCUUGAUUCUCAAAUAUAUUGAGUAAUUUCAACUUCUUCUUGUAUUUUGAAUCAUUUAACUGAACAUAAAUAUAUUAAAAACAAAUUCAAUCAAAACCGUUGUGUUCAAAAUCAAUGUUCGUGAACCAAUUUCAACUCAAAAUUUUCUAGAGGAAAAAAAAGGAAACGUAACCAAUUUUGAACAAGCUAAUAAAUGUGUUAAUUUUUGUCCAA